GUUUUUAUAUUUGCCAUUCUUUAAAACUCUAAUACUCCCACACACGUUGGCAUAUAUUCGCUAAACUGAUUACGCCAGCGGAUUCAGAAUAUUCUGUAGGCAUUUAAGCCCAGUAUGUUUUCUAAUGAUAGUGGCACUAGUCCAUGCUUCUGCUGGGUCCGGGGCUGUGUACAGCAGUUAGUCUUAUCAGUUAGUCCUAAUAAAACAGACACACAGAGGCUGUUCCUCUGUGGAGCCAUAAUGUAACCACCUCUGGUAAAAAAACAAAAAAAACAAGCGCAGCUUUCUGACAGGCGGGAACAUUUCUUGGAUGCGACGAUGAUUUCAUAUUUUCUUUUGGUUCCGCUAAUUUUCUGUAACAGCUCAGUACUGCAGCGCUCAGACUGUCCUUUAAGCAUAUUCGCAGCUGUGUCCAACAUGUCUGUGGAUUGGGUUGGAUAUGGAUACGCAGCCCUCAUCGCAUCCGGGGGAGUCGUGGGUUAUGUUAAAGCAGGCAGUGUCCCCUCCCUAGCUGCUGGCCUUCUCUUUGGUGGCCUUGCAGGUUUUGGCGCCUACCAGGUCUCCAAUGACCCCAAUAAUGUUUGGGUGUCCCUUGCUACAUCUGCAGCUCUGACUGGUAUCAUGGGAAAGAGAUUCUAUGGAUCCAGAAAGUUCAUACCAGCUGGUUUGAUAGCUGGAACAAGCCUUCUGAUGGUGGCGAAGCUUAGUCUGGCGUUGCUUCAGAAACCGCAGGAGUCCUGAUCAAGUGAAGACUCAUGUGUACGCUGUCUUCUGUUUCAGCACAGACCUGUCAGCUGUGCCAUUUAUUGUAGAGCAUUAAUAUCAUUUUAUAAAAAUAAAAGAAAUAUAGUGCUUUGUUUAUAUAA